AUGGAAGUAAGAAAUCGGACAGGAAAUGUCAGAGUGUGUGUGCGUUCCAUUCAGAGUACUCAUAGAUUUGUAAGUGAAGAGAAAUGUAGGACGCCGAUUGCCAGAUCCGGCCUUCCGGGAGCCCGGUGUCUGCUGCUUUCGCUUCUGCUCCUCGCAGUCUGGGAGUCAGGGAGCGGCCAGCUCCAUUACUCGGUCCUGGAGGAGGCCAAGCACGGCACCUUCGUGGGCCGCAUCGCGCAAGACCUGGGGUUGGACCUGGAAGAGCUGGUACCCCGCCUAUUUCGGGUGGCGUCCAAGGGCCGCGGGGAUCUUCUGGAGGUAAAUCUGCAGAAUGGCAUUUUGUUUGUGAAUUCUCGGAUCGACCGGGAGGAGCUGUGCGGGCAGAGCGCGGAGUGUAGCAUCCACCUGGAGGUGAUCGUGGACAGACCGCUGCAGGUUUUCCAUGUGGAGGUGGAGGUGAAGGACAUUAAUGAUAAUCCUCCGAUGUUCUCCGUAACAGAACAAAAGAUCUCAAUAUAUGAGUCUAGACUGCUUGACUCUAGAUUUCCGCUGGAAGGUGCUUCCGAUGCAGAUGUUGGAGAGAACGCAAUGAUCACUUAUAAACUCAGUUCAAACGAGUUUUUCAUUCUGGAUAUUAUAAGCAAAAAAGACAAAGGCAAAUUCCCAGUGCUUGUUCUGAGAAAACUGCUAGAUCGUGAGGAAAACCCACAGCUUAAGUUGUUACUGACGGCAACAGAUGGAGGCAAACCUGAAUUCACAGGAUCUGUUUCUGUGUUCAUUUUUGUGUUAGACGCCAAUGAUAAUGCCCCUACCUUUGACAGAUCUGUUUAUGAAGUGAAGAUGUAUGAAAAUCAAGCGAACCAAACGUUAGUAAUAUGGCUAAAUGCUACUGACAUGGAUGAAGGAAUAAACAAGGAAAUGGUGUAUUCUUUUAGCUCUUUAGUUCCACCCACUAUAAGAAGAAAAUUUUUAAUAAAUGAAAUGACAGGAGAAAUAAAAGUAAAUGAUUAUAUUGACUUUGAAGAUAGAAACAUUUAUGAAAUUCAUGUAGAUGUUACAGAUAAAGGAACUCCACCUAUGGUCGGUCACUGUACUGUCCUAGUAGAAGUUCUUGAUGAAAAUGACAAUUCUCCUGAGGUAGUUGUCACUUCUUUGGCUCUCCCAGUAGAAGAGAAUGCUCAAGUGGGCACCGUCGUUGCUCUAAUUAGCGUGUCUGACCAAGACUCUGGAGCCAAUGGUCAGGUGGUUUGCUCCCUGACACCCCACAUUCCCUUUAAGCUGGUGUCCACUUUCAAAAAUUACUAUUCAUUGGUGUUGGACAGCGCCCUGGACCGAGAGACCAUAUCCGAGUAUGAGUUGGUGGUGACAGUUCGAGAUGGGGGCUCGCCUUCACUGUGGGCCACAGCCACCGUGUCCGUGGAGGUGGCAGAUGUGAACGACAAUGCGCCAGUGUUCGCGCAGUCUGAGUACACCGUGUUCGUGAAGGAGAACAACCGGCCAGGAUGCCACAUCUUCACGGUGUCUGCACAUGAUUCGGAUGCGCAGGAGAAUGCACGGGUGUCCUACUCUCUGGUGGAGCGGCGGGUGGGUGAGCGUGCAAUGUCGAGCUAUGUAUCUGUGCACGCGGAGAGUGGCAAAGUGUACGCGCUACAACCUCUGGACCAUGAGGAGCUGGAGCUGCUGCAAUUCCAGGUGAGCGCGCGGGACUCUGGCGUGCCACCCCUGGGCAGUAAUGUGACUCUGCAAGUGUUCGUGCUUGAUGAGAAUGACAAUGCACCCGUGUUACUGGGACCUUGGACACAAGGAGCAGGUGGCACUAUGCACAAGCUGGUGUCCAGAUCAGUUGGUGCUGGCCACGUUAUGGCAAAGGUGCGGGCGGUGGACGCAGACUCUGGCUACAAUGCGUGGCUGUCUUAUGAACUGCUGCCUGCCAAGGGCAGCACUCGAAGUCCAUUCCGCGUGGGACUGUACACUGGCGAGAUCAGCACCACACGCUUGCUGGAUGAGGCGGACAUGGUGGGUCAGACCCUGCUGAUUGUGGUGAAGGACCACGGUGAACCGGCACUGAUGGCCACCGCCACAGUGCUGGUGUCUCUGGUGGAGAGUGGUCAGAUGCCAAAGGCCUCUUUGCGGGUAUCAGUUGGAGCUGCAGACCCAGAGAUGGGGCUGGUGGAUGUCAACGUGUACCUGAUCAUAGCCAUCUGCGCAGUGUCCAGCUUGUUGGUGCUCACACUGCUACUAUACACGGCAUUUCGGUGCACUGAGGCACCCAGUGAGGACACAUGCUGCAAUCCUGGGAAGCCCACGCUGGUGUGCUCCAGCGCAGUGGGGAGCUGGUCAUACUCUCAGCAGAGGAGGCAGAGAGUGUGCUCUGGUGAGAGUCCACCCAAGACUGACCUCAUGGCUUUCAGCCCUAGUGUUCCUCCUGGUUCAGGUUCUGGAGAUAGUGGAGUUCAACAGGAGAGCUUCGAGAAUGUGAGUAUGUUAAUACUCUGA